CUCAGAAUUCAAGGUUUUAUGGAAGGUAUCGAACAACUACAAGACGAUGUGGUUCAACUUGACAGUCGAGUAACAACCAAUGAAAACACUGUAAAUGAGGUCAAGGUCGAUGUCAAAAAUACCAAGAAAGACGUGGUGAAGAUUAAAAAAGAUGUCAACAAACAAGGGAAGAAAUUAGACUCCAUGGGAAGAGUUGUUGAUGAUACCGUUAAAAAAGUGGAAGAAAUCGAUCAAAAGACAUUAAGUCAUGCUCCGUACUGGUCUAGAGAUAUAUCGAAACUGUUGAAUCCUAAAGAUGAACAUGAUUGGAGACUGCUAGCGAGUCGUCUUGGUUAUAGUAAUGAUGAUAUAAGGGCGUGGUCUCAGCAGUCUGAUCCCUGCAUGGCCAUGUUAAAUGAAUGGUAUACCACACAUAAAACUAGUGAAGCUAAUUUUGGUAUUUUGAACAAUCUGGUUGAAAUGGACAGAAUGGAUGCUGCUGUUAUUGUAGAGAACGCAAUGAAAGCUGCUGAACAAGUGGUAGAAGAUGAUGAUUAUGAUUAUCCAGUCCCUCCUCCUAUUUUUAUCAGUUAUCAAUGGGGACAUCAAGAUGAAGUGAAGUUAUUAAAACAACAUUUAGACAUGGCGGGCUACGAUUGUUGGAUGGAUAUCGGUCAGAUGGGCGGGGGAGAUAAAUUAUUUGAGAAAAUUGAUCGUGGAAUUCGAGGAGCCAAAAUUAUCAUCAGUUGUACCACAGAAAAAUACGCCAAAUCUCCAAAUUGUAACAGAGAGGUGAAUCUGUCAGUCAAUCUACGUAAACCAAUCAUACCUCUAUUACUAGAGAGUUGUCCGUGGCCACCAGAGGGCAGUAUGGGACCAAUAUUCAGUGAAUAUCUCUAUAUACAAUUCUACCAAUCCAACAAAUCAGAUGAAACCAAGGACGAGAGAUUCUGGCCGCCACCCAAAUUUCAGGAACUUCUCAUGCAGCUGAGUAUGAAUGGAAUCGUCCCUGAUGAGUCCAAAGUUCAUAAAAUGUAUAAAAACUGGUGGAACCCCCUGGUGGAAGAAAUAAAAAUCCAUAAAAGUAAAACAGCAAAUGGUGGAAAAAACAACAAACAAGUUGUUAAACCAGACACCAAAAAUCAGGCUGAUAAAUCUCCCGAUGUUUUUAUCUCGUAUCAGUGGGAUAAACAGAAGAAUAUCAUGUUAUUAUAUAAAAAAUUAACAGAAUUAGGGUAUGAUUGUUGGAUGGAUAUCUAUCAGAUGGGGGGAGGAGAUUCUCUGUAUGAUAAAAUAGAUCGUGGUAUACGAGGCUGUAAGGUCGUAUUAUCCUGUCUUACUGAGAAAUAUACAAUCUCAGCUAAUUGUAGACGGGAAGUCAGUUUAUGUGAUUCUUUAAAACGACCAAUCAUACCUCUUCUAUUAGAGAAUAUGUCAUGGCCGCCACGUGGACCAAUGAGCAUGGCUUUUACAGAAUUACUGUUCAUUGAUCUACACUCAGAUCCUGGGGUCCAGGAAAAAUGGUCUGGACAGAAAUUUGAAGAAAUGAGAAGCAAAAUAGAAAAUAUUUUACCAGAUGAUGUUACUAGUCCAACACAAAAUAACCAAAAACCAGCAGAAAAUAAAAAUAAUCAAAAGGCUUCGAAAUUAGCAGAAUUAAACAAGAAGUAUUCGUCAAGUUCCUCGGAAGCUGAAAAAACUCAGGAAAAACUACCUCAAAAAGACCAACCAUUACCUCUAGAAAAUCAUGAAAAACAAAAACGUCUCCAACAAAAACCUCAAAUUAAGGUAGCUGAAAACGAAACAUCUUCAAGCUAUGUUAAAAGGGCGACACCUGGGUCAAAGGUCAAUCAGACCAAUAAGCAACCAGAACCUCAAAAUCCAGCAAGGGAGGUUACGCCAGAAAAACAAGCUACACAAACCAAAGAAUCAUCUUCACCUCAAUCUACCAAUAAAUCUACACCAGAACCAAAACAUUCAGCAGCGAGUCCCUCACCUGUAAAAUCUAAAUCUUGUCAGAUUCUAUAA